AUGUUUCGUUCUAUCAGUCUUGUAUUAUUCAUUAUAUUAUCACUAACAGAAGAAAUUUCAGCAGAAUGGUGUUAUUAUGGUCGUCAGAUGUAUUAUUGUUCUCCUGGUCAGUCAUGUGGAUAUUAUUAUAAUGAUUGUCGUGGCUUACCAACUUAUGCAAUUGUUGCUAUUGUUAGUACAAGUAUUCUUAUCUUAUCGGUAUGUAUUCGAUGUUGUAUACAAUUAAGUGCUAGUAAUACACGACCAACAUCACAAAGAGUACCAAUAUCAAUACAAAAUCCAAGACAUGUGCAAGUUCAAAUUCAUUCACCAAGAAACAAUAUGGCUACACGAUCGCCAGGUAUUGCUCCAGUUCAUUGCAUCAAAGAAGAAGCUCCUCCAACUUAUGCUGCAGCUAUAUCUUCAGUUACAGAACCUCCGAAAUAUUAA